GAAGUCUCUGCAGCGAUGUCGGAGACCGCUCCUGCUGCCGCUCCCGCUGUCGCGGCCCCCGCCGCCAAGGCCGCCGCCAAGAAGCCGAAGAAGGCGGCGGGCGGCUCCAAAGCCCGCAAGCCGGCGGGCCCCAGCGUCACCGAGCUGAUCACCAAGGCCGUGUCCGCCUCCAAGGAGCGCAAGGGGCUCUCUCUCGCCGCCCUCAAGAAGGCGCUGGCCGCCGGCGGAUACGAUGUGGAGAAGAACAACAGCCGCAUCAAGCUGGGGCUCAAGAGCCUCGUCAGCAAGGGCACCCUGGUGCAGACCAAGGGCACCGGCGCCUCCGGCUCUUUCCGGCUCAGCAAGAAGCCCGGCGAAGUGAAGGAGAAAGCCCCCAAGAAGCGGGCGGCCGCGGCCAAGCCCAAGAAGCCGGCGGCCAAGAAGCCUGCCAAUGCUGCCAAGAAGCCCAAGAAGGCUGCGGCGGUGAAGAAGAGCCCCAAGAAAGCCAAAAAGCCGGCGGCCGCUGCAGCCAAGAAAGCGACCAAGAGCCCCAAGAAGGCGACUAAGGCUGCUAAACCCAAAAAAGCGGCGGCAGCAGCGAAGAGCCCGGCCAAGGCGAAGGCGGUGAAGCCCAAAGCCGCCAAGCCCAAGGCGACCAAGCCCAAAGCAGCCAAGGCAAAGAAGGCGGCAGCCAAGAAGUGAAGUGUUGAAGUGGAAAUACUUAAACCCAACGGCUCUUUUAAGAGCCACCCACUCGUGUCCGAAAAAAGGGCUGAUACACUCGGUCGCCGAGCUCUGUGCCCGCAGCAGGGCUACCCCCGCGCUGCUAUCCGUGUGGGACGUUCGUUCGUGGAGUGGAUGGGACGCUAUAAACUUCUGGCCGUGCUUACGCUAAGGCUUGGGGGAAAAAUAAAGUUUACUUUCCCUGCGAAAA